CACCAUCUUCAAUGUUAGUUCAAAAUUUAAACAUUCGCUUUUUACUGAACAGUUCAUAUUCACCACAGAUCCAAGAAUGUCUGUCUCAUUCCUCAAAUUAUCUGCAGAUCUUGGAUCAGCUGAUUCAACCUAGGUCUUACAUGCCCUAACAUCGCAAAUGUAUACACGUAAGUCCAGUUUUGAUGGCUGUUCACCGUCUUGAUUCAAUGGCGUUUUCCACAAGCUCACGUCUUGUUUCUUGACACUUAAAUUUUGGGUCUGUGAUGGAGUUUACCGAAGCUAAUAAACAGACUGGUCCUUGUUGUUUCUCGCCGAAUGCUCGAUUUCUUGCCGUCGCCGUCGAUUAUCGCCUCGUGAUUCGGGAUGUUCUGUCACUCAAGGUUUUGCAACUGUUCUCAUGCUUGGAUAAGAUAAGCUAUAUUGAAUGGGCUCUAGAUUCUGAAUACAUACUUUGUGGUCUUUACAAGAGACCAAUGAUACAGGCCUGGUCAUUGACACAGCCUGAAUGGACUUGCAAGAUAGAUGAAGGUACUGCUGGUAUUGCUUAUGCUAGGUGGAGCCCUGACAGUCGCCACAUACUUACCACGUCAGACUUUCAAUUGCGGUUAACAGUUUGGUCAUUGCUGAACACAGCAUGUAUACAUGUGCAAUGGCCAAAACAUGGUUCCAAGGGUGUCUCAUUCACUCAAGAUGGAAAAUUUGCUGCAAUCUGCACGAGGCGUGAUUGCAAGGACUAUAUUAACCUCAUCUCUUGUCACACAUGGGAGAUAAUGGGUGUUUUUGCCGUUGACACAUUGGAUUUGGCUGACGUUGCAUGGUCACCAGAUGAUAGUGCCAUAGUGAUUUGGGAUUCACCUCUUGAGUAUAAGGUUCUGAUUUACUCUCCAGAUGGGAGGUGUCUAUUCAAGUAUCAAGCAUAUGAAAGUGGACUGGGUGUCAAAAGUGUUUCAUGGUCUCCUUGUGGCCAGUUUCUAGCGGUGGGGAGUUAUGACCAGAUGUUGCGAGUUUUGAAUCCCUUGACUUGGAAAUUAUUUGCUGAAUUCACGCACCUAUCUACUGUUCGCUCUCCUUGUUGUGCUGCCGUAUUCAAGGAGGUUGACGAGCCAUUGCAACUUGACAUGUCUGAAUUGUCUCUAAGUAAUGAUUUUAUACAAGGCAGUUCUGAAAAUUCUCCUGAAGGACAAAUCCAAGUUAGGUAUGACGUCAUGGAAGUGCCUAUUACGUUGCCUUUCCAGAAGCCUCCUGCAGACAAACCAAACCCUAAACAAGGAAUUGGUCUCAUGUCAUGGAGCAAUGACAGUCAGUAUAUAUGUACUCGCAACGAUAGCAUGCCAACCGUUCUCUGGGUAUGGGACAUACAUCAUCUUGAAGUUGCUGCCAUCUUAGUGCAGAAAGAUCCUAUCCGGGCAGCAGCUUGGGACCCUACGUGUACACGCUUAGUUUUCUGCACUGGGAGCUCACACUUGUACAUGUGGACUCCUUCAGGUGCCUACUGUGUGAGUGUUCCAUUACCACAGUUUACCAUUACAGAUAUGAAAUGGAAUUCAGACGGUAGCUGUCUUCUCCUCAAAGAUAAGGAGUCAUUCUGUUGUGCCGCUAUGCCCAUACUGGCAGAAUCUAGCGAUUAUAGCUCGGAUGAUUGAGGUGUGUAAAUUAAUUCCAGGAUACUUAGUUUGCUAGGAUGGAACUUUGUUUUGGAAAUCUUUUGAUCAACUGCAAAGUGACUCCCCCACUCCUCUCUCCCGUGUGUUUUGAGCUGUAGUAUGUAUUUUUUGCUGAGAAUCUAGUGAUAGUUAUAGUUUUAGCA